GUGAGCAGAAGACCGGGCAGUUUGGACUAAAGCAGGAGAGCUGCUGCCUUACAGCACUGCUGACUACUGACUACUCUACUGAAACUGAGGGAAAACUCCACCCAGACCCUGCCAUGCGCAGAUCUUCUCUUUUUUAGGGAUAUUUCAUGAGUUCAGCAAGUGUCCUCCACAUCUUCAGUCCCACGAUGCCAGGUCCAGUCAUGCCAGUGGACGUUGCAGUGCAGCUGUACAUCGCCCACUCGCCACCCCUUCGCAGCUUCCUCAGUUCCUAUGAGGACUGCAGGGCCCGAAACCGGGCCAACAACUGCUUCAAGCCCCUGCGGCCGUGCCUCAGCACCAAGGCCCCUCCGGAGCCACCCUGCCUGGGGUGGCAGUCGUCUAAAAGCAAAUCCAAAAAGAAGGUGGUGUUUGCUGACUCCAAGGGCAUGUCGCUGACUGCCGUCCGCGUCUACUCUCCGUCCAAUGGCAGGAACAGCAAUGUCUUGUCCCGGCUGCAGUUCAGCCCAGAGCUGAAUGGGCUGGAGAGCGCUACAGCUGCCUUGCGCAUCCACACGAUCCAGAGCAGGGCCCUGGACUUCCCUCAGCCGGCGGGCGACUACCUAGACUUCCGAAGUCGUCUGACCAAGAACUCUGUGUGCCUGGAGAACUGCACCCUGCAGGGGAGGGUGCUGACUGGCACGGUCAAGGUGCGCAACCUGGCCUUCGAGAAGUCCGUCCACAUCCGCAUCACCUUCGACUCGUGGAAGAGCUACCGGGACUUUGAGUGCACGUACAUGAACAACGUGUACGGCUGCCAAAACACAGACACGUUCUCCUUCACUGCGGAGCUGCCCGCGUACGUGCCACCUCAAAACAAGGUGGAGUUUUGCAUCAGUUAUACCACGGGUGGGCAGACGUACUGGGACAACAAUGAUGGCAGAAAUUACGGACUUGUGGCGGCGGCGUCGACAUGGAAACAGGACGAUGAAUUGAACUUGCCAGAGCCGCAAAAGAAAACGCAAGCCCCUGUUAAGCAGGGGAAGAAGGGAGAGGUGGAGAUCGGUCAGUUAAACAGCUCCAACAGCUGGAAAGGACUUUUCCCCGAGUGGCAGAGCUGGGGCUGCAUUGAAACCGGUCCCCCCUACUGGUAGUCUAAAGAACUUCAGUCAUCCAGUCAUCUCAAAUGAUGAUCUGGAUGAUGUAUAGAACUACUUCUGGGAAUCUGUUCUGUUCAGAAGCUGGAGCUGCUGUGCUAGAGAUAAGCUACAUAUAUAUAAGCUACACUAAUUAUUGCCUAGUUAAGGAUGUUUAAAUUUACGAUCCUCCUUUUGGUUUAAUGUGUUUUUGUAACCCUGUUUCAUUCAAGUGGAACACGACAUGCAUGUUUUAUUAUAAAACUGAUGGACCCGUUUUUUUUUUGGCAACCUGCAAUUGUUGUUUCUGGCUAAUUGCAAAUACUGUUUUUGACUAAUUGCAAGUAUUGUUUUAAAUAUAAUUGCAAAUGUUUUUAACGUUUAGCCACUGAUAAUACUGUUGUUCUACUACAGUUUGAUACUUAAUCUACCUUUCCUGCACAUCUUUUGUAUGCUUUUACACCUUGAAAAUGCUGCUGUGAACUUUCGAAGGGCGAAGAACUACAAAACAGAUUAUCAAUCUAUGCAAUUUGAUCAGAUGAUCAACAUUCAAAUUCCACAUUAAACCUCCGAAGUGCUCACAGGGGAGGAACAGCUGACUACCAAUAGGACAUUCCUUCAUAUUGAAGGGUUAAACUAUAUCUUGGUGAUGUUGUUGGACGUUUAGGUGACUUCAAGAUUUUGCUGUGAAGCUGCAGGCACUCACUGUGAAUGAAUUACAUGGAAAUGUGCCAAAUAAAGACGAUUGUAGGAUCUGCAGCAGUGCAGUGGCUCCUCCACACUGCUAGUACUUUUUUAGGGGGAUCUGUGGGGUGGGGGAUGUAUUGGGAUGUUGUUGUGUUGCGUUCAGAUAGACAGUGCCUUAUUUCUGGUGUGUGGAUGGUUAUCUGUGUAAAUGUGGAAAUAUGUGGUUGAAAUAAAUGAUCACUAUUUAGCCUCUAAA